UAUUGUGAAGGCGGAGCGGAAAUACCCCUGUGUGUGGUUUUCGGGGUGCUCGGUGUGUCGGUGUUGCGGCUCCGGUAACUUGUGCUCAGCGGCUUAACGGCGGAGCUCCGGGAGGCCGUUCAUGGAGGAAACGUGAAGUUUGACCGGAGGAGGAGAACUUUUCCCGCGGUGUGGGCGCCACAGUGUGAUGCGUUGGCAUGGAGGAGGCGGAGCACAGCCGCUACGUCUCUCAGCUGAAGGCCGAGUUCGACAGCUGCGACACGACGGCGACCGGCUUCCUGGACCGAGAGGAGCUCACGGCGCUGUGCCGCAAACUGCAGCUGGACGCUCACCUGCCACUGCUGCUCGCCACGCUGCUGGGAGAGAGGCGCUACGGCCGGGUGAACUUCGAGGAGUUUAAGGAGGGCUUUGUGGCCGUGCUGUCCCGCUCUCUGGACUUCGGGACAUCAGAGGACGACAGCAGCUACCUGGAGCCAGCUGUUCCAGAGGAGGUGAAGCCAAAGUUGGUGAAAGGAGUGAAGCGUUACGGCCGCCGCAGUAAACCCGACGCCGCGCUUACCCGUGACUCAGAAGACUCUCCGCCAUCCAGAGCGGAGGCCUCAGACUCGUCACCGACCGGCAUCCGAAAGGCCAAACUGAGACGGGCGACGUCACUGGAAAGCGUGGAGAGCCUGAAGUCUGACGAGGAGGCAGGAAGUCAGAAGGAGACAUCCUUUCAGUGUAAAGGUCACCACCAGGGGGAGGAGCCAGGAGGACACGCGCUGAUGCUGGUGUGCGAACACCUGGGUCUGCAACACCUGCACACUGAGGAAGUGGACGUGCUGCUCAGGAAGUUGGAUCCCGACCUAGACGGCAGGGUCAGCAUUAGGGAAUUCAAGAAGGUGCUCUGUGGCUCCACCCCCAUCACCUGUUCCACCCCAGUACGACAAGCUGACCUGAGAGCGCCACACAAGCCUCGGGAGGUGUCAGAGGAGCACUCGGCCCGCUCCGCCUCGCCCUCCCUGCUGAUGGCCACCGUGGGUCAGAGGGUGCUCAGCCGGCUGGACGACGGCUCAGGAUGUACGAGCCCCGAGCGCGUCGCGGCCCUGUGGACGGAGGAGGGCAUCGGGAACAGCCGGGACAUCCUGCAGACUCUGGACUUCCCCUUGGAGGAGCGCCUCAGUCUGGCAGAUCUGACGCUGGCGCUGGACAACGAGCUGCUGGUCAGCGGGAACGGCAUCCACCAGGCGGCGCUCAUCUCCUACAAGAUCGAAAUCCAGCACCUGCAGGAGGUGGCAGAGCAGGCCUGCAGGGAGCGCGACAAGGUGAAGGCCGACCUGGAGCGGGCCGACCGCAGGAACCUGCAGCUGGUCAGAGAGGUGGACGACCGGCACGCCAGCAUGGAGACGCUCAACCAGAGCCGGAUCAGGGACCUGGAGCAGGACUUCCGCGAUAGGCUGACGGCUCUGCGCAGCGAGACAGAGCAGGAGAGCGAGGCGCUGCUGCAGCACAUAGAGCGAGAGCGCGGCGCUCUGCAGGAGGAGCUGCAGCUGCUCAGAGCGCAGGAGGCGGAGCUACAGGAGGAGCUCUGCAACGCCGUGCAGGAGAACGGUCGUCUGGAGGAGGAGCUGAACGCUGUGAAGAUGAAGCUGACUGAAGCCGAAGGCUCAGCGAGGCGACUGCAGAGAGACCUGGACCAGAUGCUGAGUGACAAGUUUGGCGGUUUGGACCCGUCCAGCGUUGGUCUGAGUCACGAGGAAAGAUUGUCUGAAAUCAUCAAAGAGUACGAGCAGCAGUGCCGGGAGCUGCAGGACAGAAACGAUGAGCUGAGCUCAGAGUUGGAGCUGCUGAAGAAUCAGAGGAGAAACAGGAAGUGCAGACGGCGUGCUGGAGCCGCCAACGUGCUGAGCUGGAACCAGCAACACUCGGAGUCAGACUCAGACUCGGACGUGAAGCACUGCUCGUCUCCUCGGGUCAGGAAGAAACUGGAGCCGGCUGAUAAAGCAGCUCUGUGCUCAUUGGACGACUCGGGCCCGGCCGUCAGCAUCCAGACUGAACUGGCCCUGGAACAACUGAAGCAGAAACACGAGGAGGAGCUUCAGCAGCUCAACAUCCAGCUGGAGACGCAGAUGAACUACUAUGAGCGCAGCUUGGAGAAGAUGAGGCAGAGCAUGGAGGUGGAGCGGAAGGACAUCUCUCAGGCCUUCAAGCUGGAGAUCAGCGAGCUGGAGGAGCAGAAGUCUCAGGUGGAGCAGCAGGUGAAGCAGCUGAAGGAGACCGUGGACAAACUGCAGACUCAGAUCCAGCACGGAGGAGGGCGGAGCAACGAGCAGGAGCGCAGGAUGCAGCGGGAGCGCGCCGAGCUGGAGCAGAACUUCGCCAGAGAGAUUGGUAACCUGGUGCAGCGGCUGAGCGCUGAGAAGGACCAGCUGGAGGCGGAGCUGAAGCUGAAGAUGGAUCAGGAGGUGAUGCUGGUCAGGACUCAGCUGGAGGAGGUCCGAUCAGAGAACGCAGCGCUCCAGGAGAGACUCGGCGCCCUGCAGCAGGAAGUCCACAAGAUGGAGGACGAGGUUGCCAAGAAGAGGAGGAAACUGGAGGAGAUGGAGAGAGAACACGAGAGAAGCAGAGAAGAAGAAGAGAGGCUGCACAGAGAGAACUCCAGAUAUCGUGAGGAGGUUCUGGAUCUGAGCAGCAGGAACCUGCAGCUGAGCACCGACAACGCUGAGCUCAGCACCCGUCUCCGUGGAGACCAGGAAUCAGUCCGUAUGCUGCACGAGCGCCUAGCGACGGUUUCUAAGGAGCAGGAAGAGGAGCAUGCGACGGUGCGGCGGCUGCAGGACGCAGCGCUGCAGCACGAGCGGGAGAAGCUGCAACUGCAGGCGUCCUGGACACAGGAGAAACAGCUGCUGGAGGCGGAGCUUAGCACCUCCAAGGAGAAGCUGGAGCGCCAGCCGGUGCUGGAGGCGGAGCUCAGCGCCGUGACUCUGAAGCUGCAAUGGGUGGAGGAGGACAAGGCCAAACUGCUGAGAGACGCCGAUGAGCGAAAUACAAAGGUGGAGAAGCUGCAGCAGAGCGUGCUGUCUCUGGAGUCGGAGGCGGAGCUCCUUCACUCUCAGCUUGCCGCCAUCAGUCAGGAGAAACUCAGCCACGCCCAGGAUGCGACGGAGCUACAGAGGAAGUUGCAGGAGGCUCAGAGCAGGGUGGAGGAGUUGGAGGCCGGUGUCAGGAAGCUGAUGAGGGAGAAGGAGGAGCUCCGACAGGCGCUGCAGGAGCAAGAGGAGCAGGCCUCUGUCACUCUGCAGGAAGAGACCUGCAAACUGAGAGUCCAGAACCAGGAGCUCCAACACCAGCUCUCGGAGCUGCAGGUGGAAAAUGUGAAGGUCCACAAACUGAGCGAGGAGCAAAAGGAGCUGAAGAGCAGACUGAGUGAGGCGGAGGAGGCCCGGAUCCAGGCCCAGGACCAGGCGGUGCGAGCAGACGCCGCCCUCAGCGUGGCGCAGGCGCAGCACCUGCGACAGCAGCAGGAGGACAACAGCUGCAGGGACUGGGCGGAGGUGCUGCAGGCCCGGCUGAUGGAGGAGCAGAGGAGUCGUCUGCAGCUGGAGGAGGAGCUGAGGCAGCAGGAGCAGAAGAGCAGCUCUCAGAUCAGCACGAAGCAGGAUCAGUACGAGAAGGCAAUGGCGGCGCUGCAGCAGAGGGCGGAGGAUGUGGAAACCAAACUGAAGGCGGUCCGUCUGCUCCUGCAGGAAAAGGUGGAGCAGCUUAAAGAGCAGCUGGCGAGGAACGCCAAGUCGAGCGCACUGCUGAAGGACCUGUACGUGGAGAACUCGCAGCUGAUGAAGGCGCUGCAGGUCACCGAGCAGCGGCAGAAACGCGCCGAGAAGAAGAACUUCCUGCUGGAGGAGAAGGUCGGCGCGCUCAACAAGCUGCUGAGGGACAUCGUCCCUGCAUCGCUCGCCACAUAACCAUGCCAACGCAGAGCAGAAGGCCCCAGCAGGAGGGGGCGGGGCCUCACCUGUGCCCUGUGUGGAGCAGGUGGAUGUCUGGAGCACACACACGUUCGGUGUGUCAGUAUUAUCUUUGUUUAUAAUGAAACUUUUUUUUUAUUUUUGCGUCAUUGAAAUAAAGUUUUAAUGUCUCUGUGA